AUGCAGACUCCGUCCCUCCUCUCUGUCGCACUGCUGCUGUCUCCCGUCUUGGGAGGGGGCAUGCCAAAACCAGACGAGAACGUUCCGCCCAAGAUCGAGCCGUCCAAGCUUGAGAACUUCACCUGGACAGACCCCUUCUCCUCCCCCAAGCUCGCCAACUUCGACGCCAGCUGCGAGAGCCAGCGCACCUUCAAAGCCUUCGAGUACCAGCUCCAUGACCUCCAACUGCCCGAGCCCAAGGGCCUGCAGCCAUACGGCGAAGCGCUGAAGACGUUCUUUGGCGGGCGCCCGUACCCGGGCGGGUGGGACGGGGUUGAUGCACACCGGUAUGAGCGGAAUCUUCUGAAGAUGGAGUACGCGGAUGUCCCCGUCAAGAAGCCUGCCGAGGGAGAGACGGUCAAGAAGACGGCCAAGCUACCAGACGCGGACAAGGCGGACAAGUUGAGGCCGUUGGACGAGAAGAGAACUGUCAUCUUUGCCCCCGGCGCGGUCUAUGAGACUUUGCCGCUGUGGGUUGCCGAGGGCAGCAAAUGUGAAGCCACAUUGACGGACCUGACCAAGUACGGCCCCAAGUUGGUCGACGGCGGUGUUGUUGCGUGGCCCACAGACUACACGACCCCUGAUAGGAGCACGAAGGAAAGGAAGAUGGAAUUCACCAUCAAGGCGCAAGUUUUGAGCGCGAAGGCGGGUGUGUCACCGGACAAAGAGGGUCAGGAUGCGGUCAAGCCCGACAGCAAGGAUGAGCUGUAA